AUGGGGCUGUUUAGUAAUAUCACCCUGGGUGGUUUGAUCAGGUUCUUCUUCAUGAGGGCAGUGGAGGGCACUGUGGUGCUGCUAAUCGUGUUAUUCCUGCCAAAUAUUCCACCCUUUUGCAAGUUUGAAACACCAUACAAAGUCUCAAGCACAUUACCUUUAGAAGGUAAACUAGCAGUUAAUGAUAAAUUAUCAGAGGUGAAGUUUUGGCACAAAGAUAAUAUCCAUGGUCCAGAAACAUUUGCUUCCUUCAAUGGGGAGCUCUACACUUCUUUGCAGUCUGGAGAAAUUGUGAAGCUCACUGGUGAGCAGCACAUGUCUCCAAUCGUUAAAUUCGGCAAGGCCUGCAAGUAUUUCGAGGAGGAAGUUUGUGGCAGACCACUUGGCAUGGAAUUUGAUAAGAGUGGCGCCUUGUUCGCAGCCGAUGCAUAUUAUGGCAUUUACAAAGUUGAUGUGAAAACAGGGACAAAAGUGCAAUUAGUAUCGCCUGAGGUUGAAAUCAACGGCAAGAAACCCAAAUUGUUCAACUCAAUCGCCGUCGCAUCGACCGGCGAGAUCUACUGGACCGAUUCCAGCACCGAAUUUGCAUUGAAGGAUGGCGUGUUCGACUUGUUGGCCGACGGGUCUGGACGCGUCAUAAAAUACGAUCCUAAAACGAAACGCAAUACCGUGUUAAUUGAUCAAUUGCACUUCCCCAAUGGUCUGCUACUGUCAAAAGCAGAAGAUUAUCUCAUUGUAUCAGUGACAAACAGAAAUGCGCUGCUUAAAUACCACCUCAAGGGCACAAAAGCAGGCCAACAGGAGGUUCUCAUCGAUGGACUGCCAGGCAUGCCCGACAAUAUCAACUCCGAUGGUCAUGGCGGUAUUCUUGUUCCGCUGGUGACGAGCCAUGAUUCUAGCUUCCCUAACCCCAUUCAGAUCUUUGGACCAUUCCCAUGGAUGCGUAAACUUAUCGGGCGUGGAUUAGGACUGCUAGAAUUCGGCUUCCGAAUGGUUGAUACAGUCUAUCCCAAUGACUUAGCCAAAAUCGGCAUGCAUUUGGUGGGUCACUUCAGUCUACCAACGCAAUUACUUCGUCUUUCAUCACGCACAACCAUCGUCCACGUGUCUGAAACGGGCGAACUCCUUGGUAGCUUCCACACUACCAAUGGUCAAGUCUUUGCCAUCAGCGAGGCUUUCAUUCACAAAGAUGAACUUUUGCUCGGAUCGCCGUUCAAUGAAUACAUUGGUCGCAUUCCGUUGAGCAAAUUAGGUCUGAAGCCGCUUCCAGUAGCACCAAAAGUACAACCAACACAGGCACCCAAACCAACUACUACCCAAGCACCCAAGACGACCACCACAAGACCACCUACAACUACCACAACCCCGCCACCAACAACAACGAAGAAACCCGAACAAAAACGCGAGGUGCCCAAGCAAGAUGCACCUAAACCAACCCAAGCUCCGAAAGUGACCACCACAACGCCGAAACCAACUCCAAAGGCAACCCAAGCCCCUAAGGCCACACCAAAACCGACUGAAGCUAAACCCGCACCAACAGUUGCCUCGAAGCAACAACAGCAAGCGCCAAAAACAACAACGAAAUCCGCUGAGGCGCCUAGUCAAAACAACAAACUCUAAACAAAUCGGAUCAUCAACAUUCCAGUUUAGCUGUGAUCCAAACUCUCCAUUCCCUUGAAUACUUUCCAUGCAACUUGCAACUAAUUCCUAUUUAGGUUCUAUACAUGUUUUCUCUUUUUAUAACAACAUUUUUAUGAAAUUUUUAAUUAUCGUGCAUGGCAUUAUUAUCGCGUAGUGACAUUCUGUGUGUAUCAUAUUUUGAUGUUAAUUAAUUCGAUGUGUUACGUUUAUGGUUGCCAAUAAAAGUUAAUAUUAGAUCUUUGGUUGAAGUAAA